AUGUACGAUCUCCUAUCGGUGGCGGAGACGGCGGGGCCGGAGGAGAUUAAGGCGGCGUUCAAGAUGCAGGCGCGGCGGUGGCACCCGGACGCCUGCCGCAGGGCCGGGGAGGAGGACGCCUUCGCCGAGCGCUUCAAACUCGCCCGCGAAGCCUACGAGGUGCUCUCGGACCCCGAACUCCGCCGGGAGUACGACCACCUGCUGCUCUUCUCCGACGGAUGGGUCCCGGCCGGCGGCUCCCGAGGGGUCGUCCCCCGGCGCAACCGGGAACGCCACACGGGGUUCGGAGACUGGGAAAGCCAGCUGAAUGGUCUGUCGAGGAGGCGGGAGCCGUGGUGGGCGGCGGCCAGCGCGGCGGGGCGGAGGAGGGCAGCUGCCGGCGAGGAUGAGAGCUGGGCGACACAAAUCAGAACCGAGGCAAAGUCGGCGCAGGGACUGCCGGUAAGUGAUGGCUGCGGCGCACGGAAGUUGCCGGCGGAUGAGCUGCUGGAGGCACGUGGAGGCUGCCGACGGAGGGCUGGCAGCGCACGGAGGCUGCUGGCCGAGGAGCUGCUAUGCGUGGUCAGCGAUAGGCGUGCGUUGUGGGGGUGGCGCGAGUGGUCCAGCGAGCGACGAGUCCUGUCGAAGGCCCCUGUGGCGGCAGCAUGGGGAAGAAGGGAGCUUUCCCCUUCCCCUGAUCGCGGUGGCUGCGGCGAGGGGAGAAGAAGACCCUCUCCUGGUCAUGGAGGCAACGGCGGAAAACCCAUGCACCAAACUCCUGGCGGCGACACUGGAAUGAGGAGGCCGGAGGAGAAGAGGUAG